AUGCCUCGCGAUGGCCCUCAUCCUCUCACUUUCUUUUCGCUUGUGCCUCUAAACGAUCGGGCUAUAGCGGUUCUCGAGCACCCCGAAAACGCCCACCUUGUCUCGAUUUUUGAGGACAAAAAGAACAACAACGACGCCCUACAUGGACCCGACAUCGGUCCUUUUAUCGGAUCAAAGUCACGCUACACGCUUGCCACUAUCGGGCGCUGCGGCGAUGUCAUACUCCACGAGGGCAACAAGACGGAAGUUAUGCUCCAGGAUCGGUCAAGCAAUAAAUCGACCAAGCUUUUCGGGGAGACGGCGAUGGGAUUCGAAUUAGAGCGUGCCCACCGCCGAGUCGUUGUCGACAAGACUAUCAAUCUGGUAUUCGGUCUUGGUGGAGUAGCUUGCGAUCUACUGCAAUUCCGGAUAGUAUGGCAUCCUCAUGACAAGCGCGCGACCGACUUGUAUUUCGACUAUCGAGAAGACAAUCCCCGCCAGACUCGCACCAUCCCGGACGAGCCGCCGACUAUCGCACCCUCUCGAGUCCUUACCCGGAUCCACACUCCGAGCCUUCUAGGGAAGAUUAGGUACUCGACGCGGGAGAGGCUUGGAAACGGAGCAUUCGGUGAGGUUUGGAGGGUUGCUGAUGUUGAUACUGGCAACUAUCUGGCGGUUAAACGGGUGAAGCAACCUGCCCUUCUUACCCACGACUAUUUUCGAUUAAAGCGGGAAGUCGAUACGUUGUCUCGAAUUUCACAUAGGAAUAUCAUAGAGUUUAUCGCGGCCCAAUGGGGGGACGGCUAUUUGGAUAUCGUCAUGGAAAUCAAGCCUGGAAGCGUUGAAGACCUGAUCCGGGAUAAUCUCUUUAUAAGAGAACGAUCUUUGGCCUCACCAUUUCUUCACCAGAUGCUUCAGGCGCUCGACUACCUUGAGAACCAAGGCAUCGUUCACCGAGAUGUCAAACCCGAAAACAUCCUCUACUCACCUGCAGUAGACGGUGGCUAUCUGUACCAACUUGCAGAUUUUGGACUUGCGAAUAUGGUUGCUGAUGCUCGAACGUUUGCUGGGUCGAGAAUAUAUAUGGCGCCUGAGCUGGAACAGAGCCCACAAUCGCCCCAGACGCCGAAGAUGGAUAUCUGGUCCCGAUUUGUCACUCUCGUCUACGCGAUGAAUGUAGCCGGCUUUCGGGGGAAGAUGCUGCACACAACCCCCCAAAGAAUCAAGGCGAUUCAGGAGGCGGCCAAUGAGCAGGAAUUUCGACCGCUGCAAGACAUGGCAAUUGAGGAUCCUAGCCAGCGAGCGACAGCGGGAGACAUGCUGGACAAGCUCUUCGCAGGAGAGGGCCGCACUACUCCCCACAACCGGACCCGUGCCACUGCAAUCGGUGCCGAAAAUGCAGAGCCUGGGGCGCCGGAACAGCGCAUCGAACACGGCGACGCCACCACCGGCAAGAAACGUUCGAGGGAACGGAAAACAGCGCGGAGGUCACCGAGAGAAGCGGUCGCUGCCGCGAAGGGGAGGCGUCCGAGGCCCCCCAAUCCUGGGACUGAGAAGCGGUUGCCCGGUCCUGCAGUCCAGACUCCAGCACGCGGAACACCAGAUGUGCCUCGAUUGCCUGGCGCAUUCCCGGUUAGCCAAGGCCGUCGUGGAGAGAGGCCUUACUUCACUUGA